AUGCGGCCAACAUCAAUCGAAUGGGCGCCACACUGCAAUUGGCUUUGUGUUACCACAUUCGAUCCAGUGAGUUCUGAAGGAAAUGUUGCCUUUUGCGAUCAUACGAGCCAACAUAAUGAUAGCGGAGCAAGCCGAAAUUGUGCACCAACGUGCAUAAAAUGGCAUCCGCUCAAACAAUUCGUCGCUGUUGGAUGGGACGAUGGUUGCGUUUGUUUUGUGCCCAAAGGUGGACCAGUAUCGCACACAGUUUUGGACGUCUUCACAAAUUCCGCGAAAUUUGUCGAUUGGAGUCAUAAUGGAAAAUUGCUGAUGACGUUGCAUAGUACAUCUUACAUUCGCAUCUAUGAGUACUCGGAGAAUAGAAAAGGCGCGAUUGAGACAAUAUUAUUGAAUCAAUUGGAGUUCAAGGAGGACAUCACUGCAACCUGUAAACGACUCGUAUACGAACCUCAGCCAAAAGAGGAGCAGCAGCAACUCAGUGUGCCCGAUGAUGAGCUAGCGUUCGAUACGCCGAUUCAAAAACGAGCCGAAAUCAAAAAGCCGCUGGGAAGGCCGAUUGGAUCGGAGUUCUUGUUUGGCACGGAUGUUGGAACCGUGUUUAGCAUCGAUGGGCAACAGGAUCGAAUCAUUCAUAAACUGGAUUCUCAUGUUCUCUUCUUGGAUUAUUGCGAAAUUAUCUCGAUGAUUCUAGUUUUCACAAAAGAUCUUUUCAUUUAUCAUUUGGCGCAAGGCAAUAUUGAAGGGCGUUGCUCGGAAAAAAUAAAGGUCAAGCUCGGCGGUCGUCCAGAGAGUUAUAAAAUGGAGCUGAGUGAAGGCCUAUUAGUAAUGUGCUAUGAAGAACGAGAAAUGCGUGUGUGGGAUCUGAUAAAAGAGGAGAACACGACAAUCUCAUUGGAUUCGUCGAAGACAUUCAGCAAAGAUGAGAAAAUCAUUUGUGUGACGAUAAACAGCAAAAAGGGCGCGAUAUCCGGCGGAACGACGGAAGGCAAUGUGGCGCACUGGAGACGUCGAAAACCGCAUGCGUCGUUGGAGAACGCGUGGAAGCUGCAGGCGAGCAGCGCAAUUGGAAACAAGAUAUAUUAUAUAUGCUGGAGUCCGGUGACCAGCAGCGUUGCACUCGUCACGGAUAAAGAGCUCGUCAUAUUAGAAGACGACAAUUUUAUAGUUGAAAUGAAGGGAAAAGUGGCUGCAGUUCAGACAAGCGCAAACUCGUUCAUACUUCUCAACGCUCUCACCGGAGUUUCGCAAGAUUUGAAACUAUCGAUUAGCAAUGUUAAAGGAAUCAGUCUUGGAGAGAAACAAUUGGUGGUUUGGAAUGAGGAAACGAUUGUUACUUAUGAUGUGCAAUCCUCGCUGGCGACAAUUCAAUCAACAUCGUUUUCAUGCAACACAUCCUCUGUUGUAAUCGCCAAUCAAACCUUAUAUUGCAUUGAAAAAGAUAAAAUUAAUGCAAGAACCCUGCAGGGAACCGUUCGUCAAAUCAUAUCACUACCGGAAAUCGAAGGAGAUCCAACGGUUCUCGACUUGAACAAACACUGGAUGGCGGUUGGCACUUCUCAUGGAUUCGUCAGAAUUUAUAAUCUUUCGAGCAAAAACGCCAUUCAAGAGCAUAACUCGAAAUAUGCAAUAGAGAAUGUUCCAAACUUCUACAAGUUUAUUUCGGUGAAAAUAAAUCCGACUGGAAAUCGUGUGGCGUGCACAUUUUUGGAGGACCCAACGACUGUCGCCGAACUCUUGUUGAUAUUUGACGCCGAAAGCGAUUCAAUCACUUAUUUCUCUUUUGAUCGCGGAAUGACGGAUCUCCAGGAGUAUGAAGCUCAAGCGGAAUUGGCUCACACUUCAGGAGGUCGCCCGGUGACAGCGGCGGCGAGGAAGAUGGCUCGCGCCAAAAGCCGAUUUCAAAUGAUGCUGCAUCGGCCCGGUGAGAUUUGCUGGGAUGAGUUCGAUCCGAGAUAUCUUGUUGUCGAGUGCAACAACGUCCAUGCCGAUUCGGAUGAUAAUCGACUUUUGUCGAUGUUCGUAACUGCUGAACACGGAAUCCAAUUGCAGGACGUUCAAAGGAAGUCGCAGCAAUGUGGGCGACUCGUCGCCGUUUCGGUGCCGCAUUUCUAUUUCGUCAAAAAAUCUGAUUGGGACGACGAGGAGAUACGCGGCGAGAAAACGAUCGGCAAGUCGCUGGUGGCGAAGAUUCUUCGCGAAUUCAACGGCGUCGAGAAUUGCGACGACGCCACAAAAAAAGCGAUGAUGGACUUCUCGUUUUAUCUGACGCUUGGCAGUAUGGACGCGGCGUUCAAAGCGAUUCAAUACAUCAAAAGCGAGAGCGUCUGGGAGCAGAUGGCGUCGAUGAGCGUUAAGACGCGUCGACUCGACGUCGCCAUGGUUUGUCUCGGCCAUAUGAAGAAUGUUCGAGGCGCGCGGGCCGUGCGAAAAUCGCAACUCGCCGGUGAGGACGAGUCGAUGCAAUGCGCCGCAUUGGCCGUCGAAUUGGGAAUGAUGGAAGAAGCGCAAAGCAUCUACGCGAGUCAUGAACGCUGGGAUUUGGUGAAUAAGUUGUAUCAAGCUCAGAAUUUGUGGCCACAAGCAUUUAAUAUUGCCGAGACGAAAGAUCGAAUUCAUUUGAGGAACACGCAUUACAAUUACGCGAAGUAUCUGGAAAGUAAGGCCGACAAAAAUUCGAUUGAGGCGGCGAUUGAAAACUAUGAAAAAGCGGGCGUUCAUCAUUUCGAGGUGUUCCGCAUGCUGGGCGACAAUCCGAAGAGCAUGGAAACCUAUGUGAGACAAAAACGCGAACCCCAAUUGUACAAAUGGUGGGGCUUCUAUUUGGAGAGUCGCGGCGAUUUCGACGGCGCCGUCAAUUUCUACACGUUCGCCAGCGAUUUCUAUUCGAUGGUUCGUGUGAAAUGUGCGCAGGGCAAAGUUGACGAGGCCGCCAAAAUCGCCGAGGAAUCGAAGGACAAAGCAGCGUGCUAUCUUAUUGGGAGGCUCUAUGAGAGUAAUGGUGAUAUUCCGAAUGCGGUGCAGUUUUAUACGAAAGCGCGAGCGGUCUCAUCAGCGAUUCGGCUAGCUAGGGAGCAUGACAUGAAAGACAAACUUGCGAAUCUGAGCUUGAUGGCCGGCGGCAAUGAAUUGGUCACGACUGCUCGCUAUUAUGAAGAUAUUCCUGGCUAUGCGCACAUGGCGGUGAUGUUGUACCAUAAAGCUGGAAUGAUUGGACGAGCAUUGGAUUUGGCAUUUCGUACCGAGCAGUUUAGUGCUCUCGAUUUGAUCACAAAAGAUCUCGACGCGACGACGGAUCCGAAAAUAUUGAAGCGCGCCGCCGAAUUUUUUGAGAGCAAUCAGAAUUAUGAGAAGGCGCUCACGUUCUUGUGCUUCGCUAAGGAAUACUCGGCGGCCGUUCGAUUGUGCAGAUCGAGAAAUGUGCGAGUAACUGAGAAAUUUGCCGAAAUGAUGACACCUUCAAAAGAAUUCAUUCCGAACGAUACUGAACGCAAAAAGGUUUUGUUUGAUGUCGCGGAAUUAUGUUUGCAACAAGGCGCAUAUUUCGCAGCGGCUAAGAAAUACACACAAGCAGGUGAUAAGCUUACGGCGAUGAGAGCUCUUUUGAAAUCAGGAGACAUUCAAAAAAUUCGAUUUUUCGCCAAUACCGCACGAAGCAAGGAUAUUUACAUAUUGGCGGCGAACUUUUUGCAAACCACCAAUUGGCAGGAUGAUCCGGCAAUUAUUAAGGAUAUUGAGACGUUCUACACAAAAUCGCAAUCGUUUGAGCAUCUCGCGAAUUUCUAUAAGUCUUGUGCAAUAAUGGAAGCCGAAAAUUGGAAAUCGUUUGAUAAAGCUUCAUCGGCUCUUGAAAUGGCGAUCAUGUGUAUUGAACGAGCCGAAUCCAAAGGCAUUUCCAGUGCCUCUCUUGAACAUAUAAAAACUGAAAUAGCGAGAUAUCGAAAACAGCUUGAAAAGCUCAUCAAAAUAUUGAGUGUAAUGCAAACCGACACUGCUGAUGGAAUUCGACAACUUUCGACGCUUGCUGAAGAAUCGGAAGAGGACGAUAUCGUGCCGUGCACAAGAAUAUUUGCAAUGUUGAUUGAAGAGCAUGCUUAUAAGAAAAAUUGGAAGCCUGCGUACAGAGCGCUUGGCGCGUUGCAGAAGAAAGUUCCGAAUAUCGAUUUGGAGAAUUACAUAUCAACUGCAACUCUUGAUCAGAUUUGCGACGAGAUGCGCGUCGAGCGUGUCACAAAAAAACGAAACACCGAAGCGGAAUCGGACGGCGACGACGAGGUCGAUUUCUCGCAUUCAUUGCGACGUCAGCUUUAA